AUGCAUUUAACGGAAUUUAGUCCACCAGCAAUUCAAGCGAAAUCACAGGGUGAGCUACCAACGCCAAGAGCACAUGCUAAAGGCGGCUUUAUUGGAAACCUACUAUAUCUUUACGGAGGUUGUCAGAGCUUUCAUAGAGCGGGAUCAGAACAUACGGGUCGUAUGGAUUGGUUAACUGAGUUGAACAGUUUUGAUAUUUCAGCAAUGCAUUGGUCACGUGUGCCAUUAUACGAAGUACACCACUCACUUCCUGUAUCACCACCUGCAAUUGCCGGCCAGUCUGGAUGUUUCCUCCCUAAUGGUAAAGUAGGCGAACCUAGUGUAUUGGUUUUAUUCGGAGGAAUGUGUCAGUCUCUUGGACUAUGCGUCAACUACUUAUAUAUCAUAUCUCCAGAAAGUGGUCGUUGGAUUUCACUUUCUGAUACAUCGAAUAAUUGUCAAAGUGAUUGGCCGUCCGGUCGAUGUGGUCAUUCAACAUGCGCUCUUGAUUCCAACAGAAUGCUUUUGUUAUUUGGGAACUUAGAAUCACCUUUGGCUAAUAAUCAUUCUGUGCGUCGACAACAGGGAAUGCCAGUUGGUCCUAAUUCGAAUAGUGAUUCUGAAUCAACUUCUGGUUUACUUAAUUAUCAUGGUCGACCGGCAAAGGAUAUAUGGAUACUUACACGUUGUUCACCAAACAUCGGUCAAGAAUGGUUUGAAGUAAAUUGGUUCUGGACCAAAGUUCAGUGUUCUGAGAGUAUCUCUGGAUGUCCACCGAUAGACUUUUAUCAUGCAACUGCAAUCGCGCUUCCUUAUCGUGAAAACGGUAAAUCACAGUCGUCGGCAAAAAACAGUGAUUUUAUUCCUGUCCAGAGUGACAACGUUGGUACAAACUUCUCAAAUGAACACAGUGUUUAUACUGUUGUUGUCAUCAGUCAACCAACUACAGCACUGUUGGAUGAGGCAGCUAAACAGCGUAGAUAUUGGCAACGCAUCAAACUCAACUCCGAGUUAAAUAGUAUGCCUUUUCAAAAUAAUUCAGUAGGUCAAGAUACUCGUAUGUCAGAUGAUGAUGCUAUUGACGAGGAUGAGGAGCAGCGUAAACACUACCGUUCAGUCGAUAUCACUGAUCGUGAAUCAAAUCGAAUCUUGCAUCUACCAUCAUCUAAGCGUGCAAAUAACAGACGCGCACGAAGACUUGAAGCUUUAGCUAUUCAAGAACGAAGGCUUUUUGGAACACGUAAUCUGACCUCUAAUGAAAGUAAUGCACCAUCACUUGGCCGAUCAUUUUCAUCAAAUCAAUGCCCAUCCAAUCAUAACUUAUGUCUUUCUAAACCUGUACAAUUCGAAUGUGCUUAUCGUCCUUUGGCUUUGUACACACUUAACAUCGUAUGCUCUCAUUCCGAUGCUUCAUAUAAUUCUGAAACUAAAAUUCAUGUCACAGAAAAUAAAGCAAAAGGUGUUUGGUUGGCGCCUACCAAACAAAGUUAUCUAGAUCUUUAUUUUGCACCACCUGAGUGCCUAGGUUUUUCAUGUGCCUUUGGUCAUGGUUGUUUAUUUCUUUUCGGUGGUUUGACUGACUCCGAUGACAUGAGAUCAAACGAAAAUGCAUUUCACCCAUCAAUUAACGCAUCGCAGAAUCGUGACGAUAAUGACUUAUAUCAACGAUACAAUGAUUUACCCACUUCUCAAUUGUCCAGAACUUCAGUAUUAAAUGGUUCUCUUAUACAGGGACAUCUUAGUUCUGGUACAAAUCCACCAGAUACAGUUUAUUCCAGUCCUCUAGGUACUGCACAGUUUUUCAUUCUUCGUGCACGUGCUCUUGCUGGCACUAUAAUUUAA